AUGUCAAAGAGAGCCACAGCAACUAACCAACCGAUGUUUAUUUCUGGUGGUAUAUUUAGUAUUCUUACUUUAAAUACACUUCGUCCGAGACGGCCGAGAUGUGAUUUGGUUGCUAUUCUUAGCAGUUUACUCAAGGGUUUAUCGGGAGAGCACGUGAUACUGGCUUACAAAGUAUUUGUGUCACAUCCAGAAUUCGUAUCUGACAGUUCCGGUUUCCCAUUCGACAUAGCACUGGUUAAGCUAUCGCAGAAGGCUCAAAUCACGUCCGCGGUAGCUCCCAUGGCCCUCCCGGAAAACGCAACCGAGACAUUUGUCAACAGGGAGUGCUGGGUUCUGGGAUGGGGCUUGACUGACAGUGCAGCAAGUGUUAUACCUAACGUCCUGCAGGAGGCUAAUAUAACGGCCAUCGCCAACGAGGAAUGUGCUGAACGCUGGUCAUUCAUUGAAAUUCUAGAAUCUCACCUCUGCGUCUACAAACCGACCAGGUCCCCUUGCAACGGUGACAGUGGCGGCUCGUUGGCAUGUAGGGACGGCAAUGACACGUGGAGGUUAGCUGGCGUCAUCUCAUGGGGCAUCAGCACGUGCAGCGGGGACUACCCAGCCGUCAACACUCGCGUCUCGUCUUAUCUAGACUGGAUAGGCGAGGUCAUAUCGGAGAACUGAGUCGUGUCGUCAUGUCGUGAUUUUAGACCGCAUCGUCUGUACUGAAGUUGCUCGGUUAGGUGAUCAACGGUACUGUAAUUUAAGUGAGUAACAUCGCUCAUAUUUAGCCGACUGGGUCAUGAAAUUGUAACUGGUAUGAUGAUUGGGUCAUACCAUUGUAACUGUAACAUACCAUUGAAACUGUUUGAAGCGAGUCAUAUCGACAGAAAAGAUAACAUUACUAGAUGUCAUUUAAAGUGUCUUAAACAAUCGAAACUUUGUACAUUCCAUCCAGGAAGUUCAAACCAUACAAUCGAUAUAUUUUAGCUAGCUGAGUCAUAUUUUGGAAAUGGAAUCAUUCCACAGACACUCUAGGCCAUUAGGCCACACUUUCGACAUCGUAUAGCUUAGCCAUACCAAUGAAACUAAGCAAUAACUCUGAAAUAUACCAUACCAACCGGAAAGUUUAGUUCAUUCUAUCGGUUGAUUGUUGAGCCAUCCCAUCGAAAUUGAGCAACCACUCUUAAACAUACGCACACCACCAUCCAGAGAGUUUAGACUAUACCACCGAGACUUUAAAUAACUGAGCCAUACCAUUGAGUCUGAGCUCUGUCACUGAAACUAAUCCAUGCCAUCCGGGUAGUUUUCGCAAAACCAACACUGUAUUUUAAAUAACUGAGUCAUACCUUCCAUAUUAUAUCAUUGAAAAUAGCCCAUACCAUCUUGGUAGCUUGAGUACGAUAAAGAUUAACUAACGGAACCAUACCUUGAUAACGGAGGUAUACCACUGGAACAGGGCAUACCAUCUGGGGAGUAGAGACAACACAAAUGGUGCAUUUUAGAUAACUGAACCAUUCCAAUGAAAUGAGGCCAUGAAAAUAUCCAAAGCCACCCGGAGAACUUAGAACGUAUGUUUUAUAUUGCUCAAUCAUAUCAUCCAGAAAUUUUAUACCAAACCAUCGUUGUAUUUUACAUAAUUAAGCCAUAUCUUUGAAACUUCUAAGUCACUGAAACUAGAAUUUAGACAAUAGCAAACGGUAUACCAUUGAAAAUAUAUCAUACCACCGGCAUUAAUUAUAUAAUUGGAACUUAGCUAUACUACUAACGCUGUCUAAAUAAACAACUUUGAAACUAAAUUGUGUAAUUCGAAAAACCACCGCAAUUGUUCAAAUACACGUCCUGUUUGUUUUUUGACUUUUUUGUUUAGAAUUGAGUGACAACAAUAAUAAGUUUUGCCUAGAUUAGCCACGACAUCCAAAACCAUCAAAACAAAACCCAUGAAUUCUUCUCAGACGUUAAUGCCGUGAGUCAUAUCAUUGGAAUUGUUUAUAUAACUUAGUCGCACUAGACAUAUUAUAUUCUCUUUUCAAAAAUUAAUUUGAUCGUCUUCAUAGUCAAAAUCAAUACCAUUAUCGGUGUCCUGGAGAUUCUUAAACCUUUAAAACUAAUUCAAACCAGUGUACCUUUUUAAACAACUGGACACUACAAUACAAACUGAAUCAUAGAAUCCGAUCUAUAUUUAAUAGUUUCGCUUAUAUUCCCUGAGAAUUUUCCAAGAAAUAGAGAUCAGAACAACAGAACUCUUUCGAUAUUUGAUCUUUAAAACCAUUCGAAGGUAUUUAUACCAUUAGAACUUAUAAGACCAGCGCUAUUCAAGGAAUGGACCAGAUACAAUACCAUCAGAACCACUAGCAGUUACUUAACUUCAAGAUUGACUCCAUAGUAACAGGACUAAGAUAUUAGAACUUAUACGAUACCAUCAACGGUGAUUCGAUACAACCAGGACUCCCUCAAUACCAUCAGUUGUGACUCAAUAAUAUCAGGACUCACUCAAUAGAAUUAGACGUGACUCGAUACAAUCAAGACUCACUCAAUACCAUCACAUGUGACUCGAUAAUAUCAGGACUCACUCAGUAGAAUUAGACGUUACUCGAUACAAUCAAGACUCACUCAAUACCAUCACAUAUGACUCGAUAAUAUCAGGACUCACUCAAUAGAAUUAGGCGUGACUCAAUACAAUCAAGACUCAUUCAAUGCCAUGAGAUGUGACUCAAUACAAUCAGAGCUCAUUCAAUACCAUCAUACAGGACUCGAUACAGCCAAGACUCAUUCAAUACCAUCAGAUGUGACUCAAUACUAUCAGGACUCACUGAAUACCAUCAGACGUAACUUGGCAUUAUCAGGAUUCACUCAAAACCAUCAGACGUGACUCGAUACUAUCAGGACUCACUGAAUAUACUCAGAGGUGACUCAAUAUCCCCAGGACUCACUCCACACUAACAAGACUGACUCGAUACUAUCAUGACUCCCCCUCUACUAUUAGGAAUGAUUCAUUUCUAUUAUAGUUGAGCCAAUACUACCAGGCGUGAUUCAUUUCCAUUAAGCCUGUUUCGAUAAGGAAAUCUUGAAUGACCUAAUACAAUCAGAGCUGACCCAGUACCAUUAGGACUUGCUCAAUAUCAUCAAAAGUGACUCAAUACCACUAAGAAUGAAGCAAUACCAUCAAGAAUGACCUAGUAUCAUCAGGGCUGAUUCAAUACCAUCAGGAGUGGCCCAAUGCCAUCAGAGCUGACCCAGUACCAUUAGGACUGACUCAAUGCCAUCAAAAGUGACCAAGACUGAAGCAAUGCCAUCAAGAAUGACCCCGUGCCAUCAGGGUUGAUCAAAUACCAUCAAGGCUGAGCCAGUGCCACCAAGACCAACCGAGUGCCUUCAGAAACUGAAUAAAUACCAUCAGAACAGACCACUUACCAUCGAUUGUGCAAU